AUCCGUGGCAGAGCGAGAAAUGUCAAGGAUGGUUAAACAUUCCUAUUUUGAUUUUUACAGGGAGGCAGUGAUGUUUGCUGGUAUGCCUUUGCUUGUUCAUUUAAGCCAAAGACUCAUGGGCAAAGUUGAAUUUUUUGGGGAGGAUGGGCUAGAAUUUUUUUUUCGUAUGUCUUUUGGUAUUCUGUACGUUUUGUCUCACUUAUAUCGGAUGACUCCAAAUAUUUGGGAUAAUGUUUCUGCGAAAAAAUGCUCUAUUCCGCUCAAUUAUCUAAGAUUGCCUGCAAAAUCUAUUUCUUACCAGAACUUUUUGCUUACCGAAUUGGGAGUAAUAUUGGAUGAUUUGUUUGCGUUUACGUGUAGAGUACCUUCAAUAUAUCGUUUUACGGUUAUUGUUGUACAUGUUAUAUUUUUGUGCGAACUUGCGUGGCUUCCAUCUGACCCUCCAGCGACAGUGAAUUUGGGCCGGCAAUAUGAAAAGAAAAGAUUGAGAAAAAAAGCUGAUAUUGAAAAGGGUUUAAACUCAAAUUCUGAGCGCGAAAUCAUGAAAUAUUUUCAGCAUCACUUGUCUCCACAAGAACGCGCUUUAGUUGAAAAUUUGGAUGAUGAGACAAUUACUUGGAUUGACGUUGUAACUACCAAAUAUAAACAAAGGAUGGAUGCUACUGUAGCGGCUUACAUGCGUCAAAAGCGGGGUCCUAUUAGAUUUGAUUUGGCGUCUACUUCGGAUCUUCAGGAGGUUGUUCUUUUGAGUAUUACGCAAAGUUCCCCUGGUUCAUCCAUAAAAGUGGAUGUACUUUUUCGUGUGAAGGAUGAGGUGUGCAGUCGCCUUUUAGCUUUACAACGAGGCCCUUUGGGUUGUGUUCCACCUGAAGCAUCUGAAAGUGAAGACCAUCUUGGAAUUAUUCGGCGUUACGCCAAGAUAACUGGAAAAGAGGGUCUUUACACCCCUUCUGAGAUUUGGGGCUUAAAACUCUCAAAUAAAAAAAUGAAAGAAAACGAUGGUGCAAUAAAUCUGGUCGCCUUCUUGUUUGUUUGCCUUUUGUGUGUGGCAGCGUUUUUUCAUACACCAUCAACAAAAGAUUAUCUGAGGUAUUCAACGGAUCUUUCUUACUUUCAUCAACCGUUACGUGACAAAUGGCGGGUCUUUCUUCCUUCGGAACACCUUCUUAAACGGAAUGGAGCUGGCCUAAUUACCAUUUUUGGCCAUGUUUUUUGUUUUGUAGAUGUUCUAGACGUCCUCAAGCAUAUGUGA